UAAUUUACUUGUGUAUAUAGAUCAUGGCUGCUUGUACUGAAGACCAACAAUCAAAUUAUAAGCAUUUUUGUAGGGUAUGUAAGAAAGGUUUUAUGUGUGGAAGAGCUCUUGGAGGACACAUGCGAGCUCAUGGUAUAGGAGAUGAGAUUGGCAACAUUGAAGAUGAAGAUCCUGGAAGCGAUUGGGAAGAUAAAAUAGGGACCAGUGAUCGCAAUAGUAAUAAGAGAAUGUACGCAUUAAGAACAAAUCCUAAUCGGUUAAAGAGUUGCAGGGUUUGUGAAAAUUGUGGGAAAGAGUUCUUGUCUUGGAAAUCAUUUCUUGAGCAUGGGAAAUGUAGCUCAGAAGAUGCAGAGUCCCUCGUCUCCUCUCCAAGUUCGGUGAAUGAGGAAGAUGAUGGUGGACAGAGAGGGUGUGGGUGGUCUAAAAGGAAAAGAUCAUUUCGGGCUAAUGUGGGUAGCUAUAGUUCAACAUACCCAUCUAGCGAGGACGAAGAUGUUGUACUUGCAAAAUGUCUAAUGGCAUUAUCAAAUGCUAGGGUUGACCCUGUUGACAUGGAGCAAGAGGAAUCAUGUGAAUCAGCAAGUAAAGAUGAGGAAAGGAGGAAUGCUGUCACUGCAUUCUUAGCUCCUCUGACAAAGCCUAAUUACGCAUCAUUUGACAAAGCCAAGGCGGCGUCCAAGGGAAUGUUUGAAUGUAAAGCGUGCAAGAAAGUAUUCACCUCUCACCAAGCACUAGGAGGACACAGAGCAAGUCACAAAAAGGUUAAAGGUUGUUUUGCUGCGCGAGACAAUCAAUUUGAUGAUAGUCUAGCCACUGAAGAUGUGAUCACACAUGAAGAAUUUUUCUCUCUAAAAGCACCUUCAUCGCUACAAUAUGAUCAUAGCCCAAGUGCUCCAUUAGUCGGAGCUUCCAGAAGGAAAUCAGGCGUCCACGAAUGCUCGAUUUGUCACAGGGUAUUUUCCACAGGACAAGCAUUAGGAGGGCACAAAAGAUGCCAUUGGCUCACUUCAAACACACCUGACUCAACUUCUUCACUUAAGUACCAUCAACAUCCCCAUCACUUUCAAGACCAUAACACUUACGAAAGACCUCCACUUACACAACAUAAAGCUGACCCCCUAGACCUCAACCUUCCGCCAACUGCCCCCGACAUCGUUGGAAUCAGGCGGGACCCACACAAUCCCCUGAGCUUCGAGGUAUCCACUGAGAUCAACUUACAUUCAUGGGCAAACAAUCAGCAGCAUAAGUACGAGAAUGAAGACGAAAAUGAUCACACUAAAAAGACUAGUAAUGUCGUGUCACUGCAAAAUGUGGAUGAUGAAGCGGACAGUAAAGGGAAGUUUGCAAAGCUAAGUGAGCUGAAUGGCUUGAACGUGACUGGAACUUCUUCCCAAUGGUUGCAAGUUGGGAUCGGUUCUGCAACUGAUGCGGCUGCUAACCCGUAAAUACAUACUUAUAUGUUUUCUGUUUUAAUUUUUAGAGCAAGCAGUAUACAU